AUGGCAGCCUCCUCUUCAACCCCAGAACCUCACAACUCCUAUCUCCUAAGAGCUUGCAAUUCAACCACAUACCCACAAAUUUGCUACAAGUCCCUCUUCUCCUACGCCUCCACAAUCAACUCAAACCCUCAGAAGCUCUGCAGCUACGCCCUCUCUGUCGCCCUUAAAGCCGCCCGCAACGCCUCCUCCACCGUGACGAAGCUGUCCAAGAGGAAUGGACUGACACACUCAGAGGCUUUGGUCGUCAAGGAUUGCAUAGAGAAUAUCAGGGACUCCAUUGACGAACUCAAGCAGUCCGUGAGUGCCAUGAGCAAUUUGGGGGGUGCGAAUAUGGAAUACCAGUUGGGUGACAUAAAGACUUGGGUCAGCGCUGCCCUAACAGACGAUGAUACUUGUAUGGAAGGGUUUGAUGAGGUGAAGGUGAGCUUGGAUGUGAAGAACGCCAUCAGUAAGAGCAUCGUCAAUAUUGCUAGAUUGGCUAGUAAUGCCCUGUCUCUCAUCAACAGCCUCAAUUAUUAGUACUGCAGCCCUAAUUUUAUAGUUUUCUGGCUGUUUAAGUGUAAUUAAAAAAUGGUGUAGUUUUGGAUUCUAAUAUGAUACGUAUUAUGCUAAGAGGUACUUUUGAGCUCUAUUUUGUUUUGUUUAUUUGGGUUUCUUUCAGAGUUUUGAUAAUGAGAUCCGUCGAUGUCGACCAAGAUCAUACAA